CUGCCGCUCUCUCCAUUCCGAUCGCCGCUUGUCCUCCACGAUCGUUCGUUUCUCGAGCCACACGCAAGUCGCUUUCCCGAAACCCUCGCUUCUAAUGGCGCCCAAGGCCGAGAAGAGGCCAGCGGAGAAGAAGCCCGCCGCCGAGAAGCCGGCCGAGGACAAGGAGAAGAAUGCGGAGAAGUCCGCGGCCGAGAAGAUGCUCAAGGCGGAGAAGCGCCUCCCCUCCAAGGACAGCGCGUCCGGCGACAGGAAGAAGAAGAAGAAGACUAAGAAGGGGAGCGAGACCUACAAGAUCUACAUUUUCAAGGUGCUCAAGCAGGUGCACCCGGACAUCGGCAUCUCAAGCAAGGCCAUGUCCAUUAUGAACUCCUUCAUCAACGACAUCUUCGAGAAACUCGCCCAGGAGGCCUCUCGCCUCGCCCGCUACAACAAGAAACCCACCAUCACUUCUCGCGAGAUCCAGACCUCCGUCCGUCUGGUGCUCCCUGGCGAGCUUGCCAAGCACGCAGUCUCUGAGGGGACCAAAGCGGUGACCAAGUUCACCAGCUCUUGAGCCGUGGCUGCCGCUAGGGUUAUACUGCUUUGAAUCUGCCAAUCAUCCUGAUAGAUGGUCAGAAUUUAUUUAAUAUGUCCUUGGAUUUGUUGGAGACUUGAGCAAAAAUCAGAUUGGAGAAGAAAUUAUAUACGUUUUCGUCUCUAACCGGACAGGUGAACUUCUUAUAGUAUACUUUUCUUUCAAAGUUCAAAGUAGCUAAGAUGUAGAAGUUCAAUUAGUCAGCAGGUUUCCAUGUGGCCAGGUGACUGCUUUCUCAAUAUUAGAGUUCUAUCACUGCUGAUUGGUUUGGUCAUUUUGUGUUAGCAGUUCUGAUUCUAAAUUUGUUCCAAAGCCUUGGACAAGCAAAGCUAUGAUUAUCACUCAUCCCCCCUUUUUGAAAUUUCUUCAUAAAAACUUGUUUAAGACAAGACAUUUAAGUUUUUUAGCGAUUGUCCAAGUGAUCAAAGUGCUAUGCCGAUGUGGAGAUGUAGUGCAUAAGAUGAUCAUCUGAUGAAUCUGCUAUAGUGCAAGCAUAUCUUUUUCAAAAAAGAAAGUAAUAGUUUGGUUUUCUGGUAGUGCUCUGUCAUUUCUUGCUUGGCAUAAGUAUUUGGCAUGGAUAUGGUUCAUUGUUAGUUUACCUUGCCAUUAGUAUUUCUCUGGUAGUUCUGUCAUUACUUGGCAUAAGUAUUUAGCAUGGCAUGCUUUCAGUGCUAGUUUCCUUUGCCAUUACUAUCUCAAAUUAUGCACUAGCUCUUUAUCUCUUCUCCUUUCUUGCUUCCUGUAAUUUUCUACAAAAGGUCUUUAAAAUACUUGGACAUGAUAUUUCAGAUUUUGACGCUCGUGUGUGAUGAUAUGAUUCCAUGAAAAGUAAAUGACAUUAUACUCCUUUUUAGCUUUUCCACAUUGGGAUGUUGGUACUCGAAUAAAUUGAUAUAUUUUCGAUACAGAUUUUGAGAUGCAUGGCCACUAAGAAGCCUAUUAGCUAUCUCAUUGGUUUCUUUGGGUUAACCAUAACAAAUCCUUGUUUCACAAUCAUCUGGGCAAGUUUUUGCUUGUGCUAACGAUCAUACUUAGCACAGGUCUUUCUGGGGGCUUCCAAGGGGUUUUUCUUCCAAAUACUAGAUCUGUGGUAAAUAAUUUGAUCUCAGUUUCACUAUUAAAUGUGAUGGCUCAUUGGAUUCCCUUUCUGGACCUGUAGAUACAGGUUACAUUAUCAGGUGUGAUGGAGAAAUCUUAGCUGCUGAUGUUGUCCUUUGCAAAGUGAAGGAGGCCAAGCAAGUUGAAGGUAUAGAGCUGGUAUGGAAGGUCCGAGGAGAACUAAAGAGGAACAACUGCAUUGUGAAGAUUAACUUUGAAUCUAAGAAAUUAUUGACAGCUUAUUUGAAAACUACUGCUCCACCUUGGCAUUUGAAGUCUGUAAUAAGUAGGAUGAGUUGAUGUGGUCUGCGGCUCAGCUGGUAACAUAGCCAAGAAUCAAAGCUAGUAGUAACAUUUUUUGAAACAUUAGUCACCAUCUAAUCUGAUGGAAUAAUUGACUUAUUUA